AUGUUUGAAAACUCGGCAAUGGCCCUAUUAAGUCUAACACAUAAAACUGAGUAUGAAAAUCCAAAUCAUGUACCGAACAAACCAGCGAAAAGAUUUGUGUGUGACAUGUGCCCUGAAGGAUUUGUCUACAUGAGGUGUCUCCUAGCCCACAGAAACACGACCCAUCCGGAAGCAGCAAACCGCGAGCUGGUACUGCGCUGUGCACUGUGCAGCCGGUCGUUCGCGCAUCUCAACUCGCUGCGGCGACAUUUGAAAUCGCAUUCCGGCGAACGCAACUACUUGUGCAACGUGUGCGGGAAAUCCCUUUCGUCCCGGGAACACCUCAAAUUCCAUAUACGGAUACAUACAGGAUAUAAGCCCUACGCUUGCAAGACAUGCGGCAAAAGCUUCGUGAAGAAAUGCAAUCUGACGUUACACGAGCGAGUACACUCUGGCGAGAAACCGUAUGUUUGCUCGCACUGCGGAAAAGCGUUUUCACAGCGGUCUACCCUCGUCAUUCAUGAGAGGUAUCACAGCGGUGCACGGCCGUACACUUGCGGUGUUUGUGGCCGGGGUUUUGUAGCGAAAGGUCUAUUGUCUAUGCACUUAAAAACAUCUUGUGUAGACCUUCCACCUGUAACUGCGCGAGAAAUGCACUCCCCUAAAGUGGAAAGAGUGGAUCCCAGAUUACUGGACUAA